AUGAACGAGCUGGUGAGGAGUUUGCCCUCUCCGACUCUCUCAGGGAUCUAUCUACCUGGGCUGGACACCUACAGAGGCUGGCUCUUUAAAUGGACCAACUACCUCAAGGGCUACCAGCGGCGAUGGUUCGUCCUCAGCAACGGCCUCCUGUCCUAUUACAGGACUCAGGCAGAGAUGGCACACACCUGCCGUGGCACCAUUCCCAUGGCAACAGCACACAUUGAGGUGGGUGACACUUGUCACCUGGUGCUGACCAGCGGUGGUCGGAGCUACCACCUGAAGGCCACCUCAGAUGGAGAGUGUCAGCGCUGGGUGUCUGUCCUGCAGCAGGCCAAGGCCAAUGCCACCCAGCUGAUGCAUCACUCAGAUGACUCAGGAGAUGAGGGUCCUGUGCCGCAGGAGGAUCGUGCCCUGACCCAGGGAGUGCUCAAGACUCUGGCCAGUAAACUGGAUGACCUGAGCACCUGUAAUGAGCUGAUAGGCAAGCACGGCGCCGCCCUCCAGCGCUCCCUCACUGAACUUGAGGAACUGCGCGGAUCCACUGACAGCACAGACAAACUGAAAGCUGUUAAUGAGCGAGCCACUCUCUUCCGCAUCACGUCCAAUGCUAUGAUCAAUGCUUGUCGUGACUUUCUGGACGUAGCAGAGACACACAGCCGGAGAUGGCAGAAGGCCCUGCAGUAUGAGAGAGAACAGCGUCACCACUUGGAGGAGACCAUUGAACAGCUAGCCAAACAGCACAACAGCUUAGAGAGAGCCUGGAGGGAGAAUCCCAGCACUUAUACAGGUGUGGAGAGGACUCAGGAGGGAGACGCUAGUGAUGAGAACGAGGAUGCAGAGUUCUUCGAUGCCAUGGAGGACUCCCCUGCAUUCAUAACUGUGACUGCUAGCGACCACAUACAGCACAAGCGCUCAGGGAGUAAUCAGAGCAUGAUGAGUGGAGGAAUGCCCAAUGACUGGACUCACAAUGAGAAUGACUCUGCAGACACAAACCACACACAGCUACGAAGAACAAGACGCAGCCGUAUUCCUGACAAACCCAAUUACUCCCUCAACCUGUGGAGCAUCAUGAAGAACUGCAUUGGCAAAGAGCUGUCCAAGAUACCCAUGCCUGUAAACUUCAAUGAGCCUCUGUCCAUGCUGCAGCGUUUGACUGAGGAUCUAGAGUACAGUGAGCUUCUGGACCGGGCAGCUCGCUGCGACUCAUCCCUGGAGCAGAUGUGCCUGGUGGCUGCCUUUUCUGUCUCCUCCUACUCCACCACGGUCCAUCGCACUGCCAAGCCCUUCAACCCCCUUCUUGGGGAAACCUACGAACUGGACCGUCUGGAAGAGUAUGGUUAUCGCUCCAUCUCUGAACAGGUCAGUCAUCACCCCCCAGCUGCUGCCCACCAUGUGGCGUCAGAAAGAGGAUGGACCCUGUGGCAGGAGAUCACUAUUGAUAGCAAGUUCCGUGGGAAAUAUAUUUCUAUUAUGCCAUUAGGAUACAUUCACCUGCAGUUUCACUCUAGUGGAAACCAUUAUGUGUGGAGCAAAGUCACCUCAACGGUGCACAACAUUAUUGUGGGGAAACUGUGGAUUGAUCAGUCUGGGGACAUUGAAAUAGUCAACUAUGUUACCAAGGACACCUGCCAUCUCAAGUUCUCCCCUUAUAGCUACUUCUCCAGAGAAGUCCCACGUAAAGUUACAGGUGUGGUGGAGGACAGAGAAGGCACAGCCCAUUAUAUCCUGUCUGGAACCUGGGAUGACAAGAUGGAGAGUGCCAAAAUAGUGGACAGCAGCCAAGGAUGUGGAGGAUCUGAAGGCAAACAAAAGACUGUUUAUCAGACUCGCCCUCCCAAACUGUUGUGGAAGAAAUAUCCUCUUCCGGAUAAUGCAGAGAACAUGCACUUUUUCUCCUCCCUGGCUCUGACCCUGAAUGAGCCAGAAGAGGGUGUGGCCCCCACUGACAGUCGCCUGAGGCCAGACCAGCGGCUGAUGGAAGCAGGUUUAUGGGAUGAAGCAAAUGCCCAGAAACAACGUCUAGAGGAGCGACAGAGGCUUGAAAGGAAAAAGAGGGAGGCACAAGCCAGUCAGGCCCUAGAGGAAGGUCAGGAUAUUGAGGGAUACCAGCCACUGUGGUUUGAGAAGAGGACAGAUGAUGCGACGGGGGAAAGCACCUACGUCUACAGGGGUGGCUAUUGGGAGGCCAAAGAAAGGCAGGACUGGAGCCAGUGCCCUGAGAUCUUCUAGAGCUCUCGUCCUUGGACUGUGACAUCAGCUGGGCAGAGGACGGGCGAGCAGAGAAGUUCCUCAUGCUGCAAACAGUAUAGGUUAUGGAGACUUCUUUGUGUAUGUGUGUGUGUGUGUGUGUGUGUGUGUUAGUGUGGGUGUGUGAACGCAUGUGCAUGUGUGUGAGCCAUCCACUGACAGUCUUCACUUUCAUAAGUUCAAGGACUUAGAUAGAAUACAAGCUCUUGCUUCCAUUAACCGAUCUACUAUAUUUCUGAUCAAACUUGCUGUACUAUAUUAUGUGUUUUUACAAUGCAUGGCCUCACUUUGUUUGUGUAUGUUCUGUGUACGCUCACGCAAUGUUACAGAGAAUAGUAUUUAUGAGAGUAGUGAAUGUAUGUAUGUGUAUGUGUAUGCGUGUGUAUGUAUGUGUGUGUGUGUGUGUGUGUGUGUGUGUGUAUGAAAGAUAUGGUCUGCAGAGAAUAAACCUCUAUCACCAGCCUUUUUGACAUGAAUAGCAAAGUAAACACAGGUGUUGCUAAUGAGAUUAAUGAAGCUCUAACAGCACUGGUGUUGUGCAUGCUGGCUCACUGGAAAGGCUCUGGUAAACUUAUACAGGCCUCACACCGAAUGACUGAAUUUCACUGUCACAGAUGAAUGUCCAGUGUCGGCAUAAAGUCACUAACCUGAUGCACCAGAUGGCCUGUCACACAGAACCGUCUGAGAAGUCGUCAUUUGAAACUGUUUGGAACUCUCAGGCAGUUGUCAGGCACUUGCAAAAAAUACUUGAUAGGUAAUUGGAUGACCCAUCUGUCUAUCACAGGCUGUAACAGGCUAACUGAGAGCCUUGCAACCACACACUUAGCUGAUGAAUUAAUGAACUUACUCAAAGUAUUUUUAUGUUUGUUCUAAAUAGACUAAGUAGACUUGCUUUUCAAAGAAUAUUUAUUGAUUUUAUAUUGCUAUCCCAAAUCUAUGACUGAAAAAACAAUAUUACUUUUGCAAAUAAGACAAAAUACAGAGAACAUUGGGAAUGGUAGUGUUUUUGUUUUGUUUUUUUGUCUCCCUAAUGUAUAAAACAAAUCGCUCACCUCUUUAGGAGCUGCCACUGUUGUCGCUUCGCACUAUCGGCACACAUAAACCACGCCUGUAGCUGCCAGUAAGACACUGAUUGGGCCAAACCACUGUGUUUUGGCCACAAGUGGUGCAUCACUUGAAGCCUGGCAAGAUGGAUUCUGACAUUGGGAAGGGUUAGGUUUAGGGUAGAUGAUAUCGCGAAUCCAGCUGCCUCACAAGGUAAUAAAAUCAGGUUAGCUGGAAUUGGGGUGUGCUCUCAUCAUCUCGAUCGUUUGGUGUAAGGUGGUCAUAAAGCUCAGUGCAACUCAGUCUUUUUCUUGUCUUGAUGUUCCGAUAAAAUCAAAUGUUUACUAUUGUCGGAUGUUUUUGGUCUUGACUCAUGCACAUAGUCAAGAUCAGCAACAUGAACAUUGUCAACAACAUUGCUGAAGGCUCCCACCGUCCUCCAGCUCUCAUGGUAUGCAGCUACAUCCAUAAUAACCAGGAUUGUUUUAGACUCCAUACCUUCACACACCAGUUCUCAUGGUAAGCCAGACAGGCACACACACACACACGCACACAUACAUCCACACACACACACACGCACACGCGCACACAUACACCCACACCAGAGUUACUCAUCCCUUCCAUCAUCUCUUAUGGAUUACAUGAGGACGCAUCACUAUAAUAUCCCUAUAAUAUUCGUUCAGAGUCUCUGAAGGGAUCUGGUUAUAUAGCCUUGCAAAUUGUGAUCUUGGAAAAUCGUGUAGUCUGUUACUAGAAACUCUGUGACUGAGGACACGUCUUUAAAUGUGAGAGAGUGCCAGACUUUUUAAAAAAUCUUUUCAAAGUCUUCAAGUGUAUGGAAACAGAGCCUUAACUAAUGUUGUUAGCAACACCUGAGCUUACCCUGCUAUUUCAUGUCAAAAUGGCACUGCAAAAGGCCUAUUAUUUCUGCACUGAAACACACUUGUUUCAAGGGGUGUAUAUGAUAACCUUGGGAGGUGAGGAGGGCAGGAAUGUUGGUUUUUGGUGCAAGCACAGAACGCCCCAAUUCUUUAACAGCUGGAAUAACGUGUUUCUCCUGCUUGUGGCUCACCAAGAAACCAGAUUGUGAAUGGUCUGAAGCAGGGCAAAACAAUCUCCUGUACAGUAAAAGGCUUUUCAUAGUAGAGCUUAAUUUACUGAAGCUCUGCUCUGUCUUGACUCUUUGGGAAUUUUCUAUUCUAUUUCUUAAAAUCAAAACAAACUGCAUCGUUUAGGAUAUACAGUAGUCCACUCUGACUGGCCUUUAAAGAGCUACCACUAGACCAAUAAAAUCCAAAGAAAUUGCCUUUGGAUGUAUAACACACUGAGCACAUCGUGCUGUUGUAUAGAGAACAAACACUGCUUCUACAUGAUCUCAAAGUUCUGUGUCCAGUUGCACAAAAUAUAUUGAAGUUUCCAUGAGAAGAAUCUAUUUUUUCCUGGUUCCUGGUUAAGGAGAUACCCAGGGUUUUACUUUCCAAGCCCUGGGAAUUAAUGUUUAGAGCUUGAUAGUUCUUUCAGUGCAGUUACAUCCUGUGAUUCUUACUUGAUCCCAACCACUUGUCACUGACAUUGCACUUAUAUACAUUUCAAGCAAAUUAUGAAAUGUUUGGACAUAAAACAGUGUCACAUUGCAGUUUCUCUCUAGAGAGGUAGCAGCACUGAAUCCUACACAAAACUCUCCCCCUUUUUAAAACUGUCAGUGUAUUUGGAUGUGUCAGCAAUAACGCAACUGCACAAUCACUUGAGAUAUUAUACGGAAAUACUCCCAGGGUUCUUUAUGCACAAGGAAAUAUUCACUAAGAUGUUUUAUUGAACACAAAAUAUAUAUUGUUUUAUAACAGCAUACCCUUAGCUGCAAGAUAGUGGAAAUGUAAAGAAAACAGACAACAAGAUAACCAUUUAAGAAAGUCUUAGCAAUACAACUUGCUAAGGUUUUUGUAUGCAACCAAGCACUGAUGUACACUAGUCAUAAUAUAGGCCUACAUUCCCAUAUGAAAGAUUAACUAUCUGUUCCUUUGUAGUUUUCAGCUUACUGUGUAUUUUACAGGGCAUGAAGCACAUGUAUUAACUGCCUGCUUUUGGAAAACCAGGCAGCUUGUGUUUUGGCGUGUAUAUAGCAGAAGUAUAAUAGAAAUAGAAUUACCUCAUCUAUGAUCAUUGGAAGAAAAUAUUAUUUUCAGAUGACUUGAACAUUCAUAUUCUAGUCACUAGUUAAUUCUAGUUGUGUAUGCAUAAUCUUAAUGGAUUCAAGAUUGUAUACCAAUAAUAAAAAGUUGGGAAAUGAAAUUAUAAUGUGAAAUUCUCAGAUACAUAAUGAUGGUGACGCAGUCGAGGUGUUGUUCAGACAAUGGACAUCUUUAUGUUUACCUGCUGGUAAUGAAACAUGCUACAUAAACUCUGUUUUAAUGGCAACAUAUACUGUAGCUAUGCAUGGAUUUAGAGUGCUGAAGCACUACUCUAGUGAGAAGCCUCCUCACCUAGCUGUUUGUAAACUCUCACUGAACAUGAUGUGAACUCACCUUUUGUGCCCAACGACCUCGAAAAGAUCUAAUUUUUGAGCUCAAA